GCAAAGUUAUGAUAAAACACAGAGUCGAAUCGGGCAUAAUCUCCGGGUCUUACAAGCUCCAGGGAUAAGCUUGUGUUGUGUGAAGAGUAGUUCAGUACUGUAGCUGUCUAGUAAUAGGACAACAACAAAGCUUAGUGGAACAUAGUUGAGGAAUGCAGUUGUUUGUCCGAUAUCAAGCACACCCAUUAUCUCUCUUCACCCUCUCAUCAAAACCCAUAUCUCAGUUUCGCUCUUUUCGAUUUUUAACUCAUGCCAGCAUCUCCAGAAAACCAGAUUUGGGAACACCUGAAAUAGAGGUUGAUAAACUGAGUGAAAUGAAGGAGAAGAUUGAGAAUCUCGGGAUCAGCUGUGAUUUUACUUCUCCUGGCCAAUACAUUGUACUUACCUGUCCAAAGUGUAAAGGUGGACGCUCUCUGGAGAAGACUCUAUCUUUUCAUUUUAGUCAAAACAAGAAACUUGCAAUGUGGAGAUGUUUUCAUAUGGAAUGUGGAUGGGCAGAUCGGGUCUUUGCAGAUAAUGAUGUAAACCAAGCUAACAAAUUAGACUUAUUCAGGAAAACAGAGGAGAGUCUGAGGUUAGAGCCACUUAGCCAUGAGAUGACUGCAUAUUUUGCUGAUAGAAUGAUAUCCGGAAAAGUUUUGCAGAAAAACUCUGUAAUGCAACUAUCAACUGAUCAGGAUGUCAUUGCUUUUACUUACAAAAGAAAUGGAGCGAUUAUAAACUGCAAAUACAGGAACAUCGUCAACAAGAGAUUUUGGCAGGAGAAGGGCACGGAAAAAAUAUUGUAUGGAAUUGAUGACAUAAAAGACACAGAUGAGAUAAUCAUUGUUGAAGGUGAGAUUGAUAAGCUUUCGAUGGAGCAGGCUGGACUAGCGAAUUCUGUUAGUGUUCCAGAUGGUGCACCACAGAAACUUUCGACUGAAGAGUUGCCAUCUCCAGACAAGGACUCCAGAUUUAUGUAUCUUUGGAAUUGUAAAGAAUAUCUAGACAAGGCUUCAAAAAUUAUCCUAGCAACUGAUGGUGACUGGCCUGGUCAAGUCUUGGCUGAAGAACUUGCACGACGACUUGGAAAAAAAAGAUGUUGGCUCGUGCAAUGGCCUAAAAAAGAUGAAUCGUGCUGCUUUAAAGAUGCAAAUGAGGUUCUGAAGAAUUUGGGGCCCAGUGCUCUGAGGGACAUAAUUAAUAAUGCAGUAUUAUAUCAAACUCCAAAUUUUGAUACAAGGCAACUGAAGUGAGUUAUUCAUUAACAUCAGAGUAGGAAUAGAUAAUGAGGACUUCAGCAGAAUUUUUGUGUAAAAGUUGCAUAUAAUGCGGAACAAGUAUGUCUUGCAUAUCUAAUACAUUGUGCUUGACUGCUUGCAACAAAUCAUUAAGUGUUUCUAGUGCAAUAUUAUGGUAUUAAUCAA